AUGGGUCGGAAGUUGGAUCCCACCAACAAAGUGAAGAGAGGGCCGGGGAAAAAGACCAAGAAGCAGCAAGGAGCAGAGACCGAGUUGGCCAAAUUUAUAACUGAAGAGGAAACAGGACCAAAGCGCCUGUCAAGUAGAGGCAGGAAAAGAGCUGCAAAAAGAGUCCAGAAUUUGAAAAAACCCAAAGCUGCUGCUGAGGAACAGCCCAAGAAAGGAUUCACUGAUGAGAACAGUAAGUGGUUGAAACCAGCUAAGAGAAAGCGCAAAAUUAAUGAACCUGAAAGUGAGGAUGACAGUGAUGAGCACUGGGAGGAAGAGGAAGAUGAGGAGGAGGAAGAGCAGCAGCAGCAGCAGAAGGGAGGAAAAGACCAAGGAAAGAAGCGUGCCAAAUUAGGAGUAAAAGAAGCGGAGGAGAAGGAGGACGACGACGACGAUGAUGAUGAUGACGACGACGAUGACAUGGUUGAUGACUAUGGUACACUUGAUGAUGGCAGUGGUGAGGAAGCAGCCGAAGAAGAAAGUGAUGGAGAGGAGCUUCUUCCCAUCGAGCGGGCAGCCAAGAAAGAGAAAAAGCUGAAGGAAGCCAUGGGUCUAGGGAGUGAUGAUGAUGAUGAUGAUGAUGAGGAGGAAGACGACGAUGAUGAUGAUGAUAAGGAAGAGGAAAAUAAAUCAGAUGCUGACAUGGACGAGGAAGACACAGUACAAGCCAACAUAGAUGAAAUGGAUCAAUUUAAGCUGCCUGGGGCAGAGGAAAGUGAGAAGGAAGGUGUCCUGCCUCUAGACCUGAAGUCAAUCCAUCAAAGAAUAAAGGACAACAUUGACGUCCUUUGUAAUUUCUCAACAAAAAGGGAGGAGGGCAAAGAGAGAGCAGAGUACAUCUCUCUUCUGAAGAAAGAUCUCUGUACUUAUUACAGCUACAACUACUUCCUCAUUGAGAAAUUAUUAGACCUCUUCCCUCUUUCAGAGUUGGUUGAUUUCCUUGAGGCCAAUGAAAUUCAGAGACCUGUCACUAUUCGGACCAACACGCUGAAAACAAGAAGACGGGAUCUUGCACAGGCCUUAAUCAACAGAGGAGUGAACCUUGACCCACUGGGGAAAUGGUCUAAAGUAGGUUUGGUCAUCUAUGACUCCUCCGUACCCGUUGGUGCCACCCCAGAGUAUCUGUCUGGUCAGUACAUGCUGCAAGGAGCCUCCAGUUUUCUGCCAGUCAUGGCGCUCUCGCCUCAGGAGGGAGAGUUAGUGUUGGACAUGAGCUCAGCUCCAGGAGGCAAGACCACCUAUAUUGCUCAGUUAAUGAGAAACACCGGGGUGAUCGUGGCUAAUGACGCCAACGCUGACAGAUUGAAGAGUGUGGUGGGCAACAUCCACCGUCUGGGGGUCACCAACACUGUUAUCUGCAACUACGAUGGAAGGCAGUUCCCAAAGGUAAUGGGUGGGUUUGACAGAGUGCUGCUUGAUGCUCCGUGCUCAGGCACAGGAGUCAUCGCUAAAGAUCCAGCUGUGAAGACCAGUAAGGAUGAUUCAGACAUCCAUCGCUCUGCUCACCUGCAGAAGGAACUGAUUCUAUCUGCUAUCGACUCUGUCAAUGCUGAGUCCUCGACAGGAGGAUACCUGGUCUACUGCACAUGUUCAAUAAUGGUGGAGGAGAAUGAAUGGGUGGUGGACUACGCUUUAAAGAAAAGGAACGUCAAAUUAGUUCCCACAGGACUUGACUUUGGCAAGGAAGGUUUCACCAGGUUCAAAGAACGUAGAUUCCAUCCUUCUCUGAAACUGUCUCGCCGCUUUUACCCUCAUUCCCACAACAUGGAUGGGUUUUUCGUGGCCAAGCUUAAGAAAUUCUCCAAUGUCAUUCCAACGGCACAAGCUGGAAAAGAAGAAGAAAAUGCAGAUGCUCCCGAGGCAACAGUUGUUACAGACUCUCCUGAAGAGAAACCAGCCAAAAGCAACAAGACAAAGAAGACGGUGCCCGGAAAGGCAGGUGACCUGAAGAAGAAAACCCAAGCCAAUGGAACAGCCGCCAAGAAAAUGGCAAAUGUCAAACCAAAAGGCAAAAAGGACUCACUCGCUGGACCAAAAAAGGCAAAGGUCGCCAAGAUGGAUGGAGAGACUGUGAAAGGAGCAAAGGCCAAGAAACCCGCAGAGAAGACGACUGAUGAAACUAAAGCAUCAAAGGCUGACAAAAAGGACGGGAGCAGAUUUGAGAAAAAGCAGGGCAAAACGACAAAGACACCCUUGAAGGCAAAGAACAGGAUUGGAAAAAACAAAUUCAGAAAGUUGAAGCACAUGUUGGGAAAACCUGACGUAGAGUGACGGUGUGUACAGUUUGAUCAAGUGUACUAGAUUGUGUAAGAGUUUCCUUACGGACCCAGAUCCCCUCCCUUCAGCUAACGAGUGUCCCUAUCGGUGUGCUCUGUUGUCAUUACAGAGCGGCAGUACUGACUCAGAUGUAAUUGUAAUGCUUGUGUACAAGUGAACUGGACAAUGACUCUUUACUCAAGUUGGGUCCUCACUUUUUUUUUUAUUUGUAUUACAGAAUAUUCAUUAUGUUUGUCUAUUGAUUUAAGAGUGGGGGUGGGACUACUUCCAUAAAUCUGUGAAACAUAAUAAAUCUUUUAAGAUAUUUUUCUCCA